AUGGCCCCCGAUGAGUUGAUUUGUAUGGUGUCUUUAGGCGAGAAGGCCAUAUUUAUGAAGCUCUGCUCGACAACACGGUUUUAUGAACUGAAAUUUGAUGUGGCUGAAAGAAUGAAAGUACCUGAAGAAGCUUUAUCCUUGGUAUAUAAAUCCGAGAGGCACCCCAACUUGACUUUUUCGGUUGACAACGAAGAUGACUUGAAGUGCAUGUUGGAGUACAAUCGAAAUGUCGGUUGUACAGAGAUUCACAUGCUCGAUGUUGUUAAUAGUGCUGUUAAUAAAGACAGUGAUGCCUCUUUGAAUGAAGAAUAUUGUCAUCCCCCUUCUGGCGGAAAUGCUUCCAAUUCAGAGAGAAUCCCAACUGAUUGCCCGUCUGGUGAGAACGUAGUGAGAGCUGAUGAUAUUAUCAGUAAAACUUACAGCAUUCCAGACUAUUGGCACACAGCAUUAACUGGAAAGGGCCAACAAUUUGAAACUGCCAUAGAUUUAAGACUAGAGUUGCAAUACUAUUCCAUGGCGAAAAAGUUUGACUACGACUUUGUAAAGAAUGAACCUAAACGUAUCCGAGUUAUUUGUCGAUAUAAGGAGACGUAUGGUUGCCCUUGGAUGCUGUUUGCAUCCCCUGUAAAAAAUGAAAAAAGAAUUGAAAUCAAAAGGUUUGUAAAUGAACAUAGUUGCGGACAACAUACUAGCUUGUCAGGGCAAUCACGGGCAUCUCGUAGAUUCGUAGCAGAACAAUUGCGACCUGUAUUAAAGGUUCGAACUAAAAUCCGCCCAAAGGAUGUGCAAAAGGAGUUCCUCACUCGAUAUGGAUUGAGACUUGAAUACAGUAAGAUAUGGUGGGGCAAAGAAAGAGCGCAGGAGGCUAUGUAUGGUGAUAGUUAUGAGUCUUACGAUCAAUUAAGAUGCUACUGUUAUGUUUUAUGGAAAAUUGUCAGCUCUUACACGUCAAUAUACAUUACCCUUAUGUUCCAAUGUAUUACAUUUACGUGUAAUGUGGUCACACUGUUGUACAGGUAUGAGCAAAAGGUGAAGGAAACAAAUCCAGGAAGCUACAUUUGCAUUGACCAGAAUGAAGGAAGGUUCAAAAGACUGUUUAUAUGUUAUGCUACUUGCAUCGUUGGUUUCUUAAAAGGGUGUAGACCUCUAUUAUUUUUGGAUGGGAUCUUCUUGAAAGAUAGAUACAAAGGCCUGCUCCUGAGCGCUGUAGCAUAUGAUGGAGACCAAGGGAUAUUUCCACUUGCGUAUUGCAUAUGUGAUCAGGAAAACGUUGAUAAUUGGAGCUGGUUCCUGCAAGGCUUGUGGUCUAUACUGUACGAAAGGCCAGACCCAUACAAUCCUCCCCAUCAACUGGUUAUUAUUUCUGAUGCCGACAAGGGAAUCCAAGAAGCGGUGAGAGAAUAUUUUCCUGAAGCAAUUCACUCAAGAUGUGUUCUGCACCUGGUUGAAAAUUUUAGAUCUAAGCUAAAGGAUUUGGGAAUGAAAGCAAAGGACACACAUGUUUUGGGGAAUUUGCUCCAAUCAGCUUGCUAUAAAUACACUGUUGCGGAAUGGAACGACUACAUGAAGGAUAUAUAUGAGAUGUCUCCAGCUGCAUAUGAGAUUGUAAAUAACUACUCGCCAGAGCAUUGGGCGAAUGCCUUCUUCCCUGGCAUUAGGUACUGCCCUCAAUCAUUUCUAGUGAAUAUCCCCUUUUGCAGAUAUGGUCAUGUAACCUCUAACGUUGCAGAAUCCUUUAACAGCUGGAUACGUGAAGCUCGAAUGUUGCGUAUCCUGCAAAUGGUGGAGCAUAUCCACAAGCAAAUUAUGACUCGCAUGAACAACAGACGCAUAAUGGCUGAAAAGUGGAUAAGCUAUCUUUGUCCUAAAGCUGAGCAGAUUGUUGGAGAACAUAUGGAAAGAGGAUCUACGUUAGAGAUUAAGCAAUCUAGAGAUGAUAUAUUCGAAGUGCAAUCACAGAGAACCACUCACGUUGACUUGGGGAAGAGGACAUGCACUUGCCGUGCUUGGGACGUAACUCGUAUUCCUUGUGUGCAUGCUUGUGCAGUCAUCAUUUAUAUGAAAAGAGAGGUAUAUCAGUAUUGUGACUGGUUCAUGUCCGUAGAGGCGUUUAAGAAGAGCUACGAUGAAAUAUUAUAUCUCAUACCAGAUUAUGAGAUGCGUAGUGUUCCCAAGGAUGAAAUCCAGAUUUUGCCACCAAUUACCACGAAGAGGAGGGGAAGAAAUAGAACAAGACGCAUAAACAACAGAACCAUCUUGAAACGUCCUGUCAAAUGUGGUCGAUGCAAGAGCGAAGGGCACAACCGAGCAACUUGUAACGAGCCCAUCCAUGAUUAG